GAGGGAGCCAACGUCAAAACUUCUGAAGAGUUUCAGGCUGUAUUUCGGUAGGCAGGGUAGUUUAUGCUCGGGCCGUUACUACACUUCAAACAGAGAGACUGGAAAAGCGAGAGAGGGUUGGCAUGAAAAUUGCAACUCAAUUGCAACUGUGACUCUACUUCUUGAAAAUGAAAUGGCUUAAAUGCUUACUAGAGGAUCAAUCUUCC